CUUGCAAUACUGACAUGCUCUCUGACUAUAUUGGUAAAGAUGCAACUGAAGCUUUUGAAACAGUUGGACACACUGAGCACGCACUGGAACUGAUGAAGCAGUUUUAUGUUGGAGACUAUUUUGAAGGAGGAGAGGGUUCUGAAGGAUCAAAAUCAUCAGAAACUUCAUUGAUUGUUGAUACAGAGAGGACACUGGCUUUCUUGCAUGGUCUUAGAGCCAGUCACAUGUUUAAAAGUUUACCUAUUCUCCCUGAGGAGGAGGCUAGCGAAGAAUGUCUCUCGAUGGAGAUAUUUGCUGGUGGAUUGGAGAACCAGUCUCAGCUAAUGGGUGUCAAGGUAAUGCAGGAUAAAAUGUAUCCAACUCAUCAAACUGAUGCUGGACUCUCAUUCAUAAAUGGUCUUGUUCAUCCCGAAGCACAGAAUGAGACUGUGACUCAGUUUUUGACGAUUGUCCAUAGCUACUGCAAACAAAAGAACCUUAUUCUUGCCUUGACCGAGCACAAUCCUGAUCACCCAGUGGAAAGAUUCUCACGAAUGUUCAUGGCUUGUUUACUAAAGCUUCACGACCUAGUUCAGCUUGCAUUACUACUAGUGACAGCUGACAAUUCUUCUACUCAAUUCCCAUCGGCACUAGGCGACAUUUGUAAACUGGUCUAUGAUGCAAAGUUGCUCCUAGUUAAAUCAAGACAAGAAUCGUCUUGUACUUAUGAUGAGAUUUGUGGUCCUGCCAUCGAUCGUUGCUUAUUUCUUAUUGAUAACAUUCGGUCUCCUGCUACUGAUGUUCAUUCCAUGCUUCAUCGUCACCAGCUGUCUUGUGUGUCCUCUCGGUGGAAGAGAAUGGCUCAGAAAGCUCUCUCGUGGCAGCAUAAGAGACAGGAGGUUUCAUCAGAGUCUGUGGAUUCAUCCGCCAUUAACGAUGAGAAGGAGUCUCAGAUGAAAGUUUAUUACAAAAAGCAAAUGUCGACAGAGAAGAAAUCAUUGGAACAAACUCACGAGAAUUCGUCUUGGACUCCAGUUACACUUGAGAUUGCAAGCAGCAGAAAGUUCAAGUGGUUGAGGGAGAGAGUUGGCACUAGCUCACAUCAUACUCUGCUACUUAACCAAAUAAAGAACUUUGUAUUCACUGAUGAUGUUGAUGUCAAAAUGCUGUGUACUGUUCUUAAGCGACAGACUCUAAGAGCUGAGCAGAGAUUAGCCGGAAUUAAAGCAAUGCUUCAAAUGCUCUCACUGGAGAGUCUCAUACCAUCAGUCAAAUACUCCAUACUCUCUGGGUGGCAUGGAAUGCUAGGAGAGCCACAGGAUGAUAGUAUUCUUAACUUUUCGUCAAAUAUUGAGCAUGUCACACCUUCGUUGCUCGCCGAAAUUGAAAUUGAAUUUCGUGAAAUCAACAAGUGGGCCCUCCAGCAGCUGAGGCAAGGUGUUAUUCACAUUCGUAAUUUCUUUGAUCACAUCUCAACAAUGAACUCUGAAUCACAGGGCAGUAUCUGUUCCUGUUCUACUUCUCGUUUUGUUAUUUCUUUGCUGAAGAUGUUGACUACGGAAAACAAAUCAGUUGAUCUUUCUAUGUUCAUAAAUGAAGGAUUGCUUGGAUUAGUACAGUCUAUUUUUAAAUUAACUGGUGUUUCAGAGCUUGAAGAGAAGGUUGAAGAGACUAAAUCAAAUCCCACUGGUAGCGGUACAACAGCAGUACCAGUAGUGGAGUUUGCUAACUCACAGAACUCACCCAAUCCUCCUGUCACUGGGGUAGAGGUCAUCCCACGACUCACUCCAGGGACAAGAGUUCAACGUGGACCGGAUUGGAAGUGGGGGGAUCAGAAUGGUCCUCCCCCGGGUGAGGGUACAGUAAUCAGUGAGGUUGGCAGUGAUGGCUGGGUGAGGGUCAGGUGGGACACUGGCUCAGUUAAUUCUUAUCGAAUGGGAAAAGAAGAUAAGUUUGAUUUAGCGCUGGCUCCGUCAGAAUUGUUACCAAAAACUAAACCUGAAGAGAAAAAGGAAGAUAUUAAGGAUACUCAAAUUUCUGAAGGAUUAACUUUAGAACCAAAGUGUAUCGAUGAUUCUACUAAAAUUGUUGUCAGGUCUUGUGUUCAUCUUCUACGCUGCAUAUCAAUUGGUCUUGGCAUUCACGCAACAGGGAUACCCUCAUCAGUAGCUAACUCACUCGCAUCUCAUUUACUUCAUGUUUUAUCAAGCAGUAUGGAAAAAAGUGAUGAUAACAGUGGUAUUUAUUCAAUCCAGCAUUACAUGUGGGCUACCUUUGGUUUCCUUCGUGGUAUUGUGACUAGCACUGACGUUGGGUCUGCCUUCUGUACUCCUCUAUGGGCUAAGCUAAUAAUGAAUAUGGUGGACAGUUUCUGCUCUCCUACAGAAUCAGCUCCAUCUUCUAUUAAGCACUCUAGUGUCAUUCAUCAGGUUCUUUUCUUAAGAUUUUUGAGAUCAUUUCUCUCUUCGUGGCCAGAGGGACAACACAAAACCUCACAGUCAGAGCUGAUACACCACCUAUUUCGCAUGCUAGGCUACAUCAUGGUACUCUGCAAGGUCCCUUUUGACGGAGGGCAGCCUCUCUCCGGGAGAAAAAGAGUCAAAAUCCACACGGCACCCACUGCCUCCUUUAGCAGCACCAUAGCUGAGGAAUGCAUUGUUUUAUUGAGGAAGCUCCACCCUCUUCCGGCCUGGAAUGAUAUUGUGAAUGAGUUUAUUGGAAGUGCUCUUCAGAAUAUUCCUCAGUUGGUGUUCCCUGCUCAGUUUGUGUCUCAGGAUGACAGCAUUGAAGAGAUGUCUUCAGCUCACAAGGAACAAUUGCAAUUGGAUAUGGAUCGUUAUGGCACAGCACUGGCAGUUCUAUCAGUAAUAGGUGGAUUGGAUGAUAGACCAAGGAUUGGAGGUCUUGUCCAACAUGAGGAACUUGGUGUUGGAACGAUUGCUAAGGUUCAGAGCAAGAACAAAGUCGCUGUUUUGUUUCAUGGAGGAAGGAGAGCUAAGCUCUGUCUCAUUGCGACGCUUAAAACGUUGAAAGUUUUGGAUUUUCAUGUUAACCAGCUUCCAAUGAGUAAUACUGUUACAGGGAUAUGGACUAGCCUUGUCCGUCUUGCUGGCUCUGGGGAUGGAGCAUUCUCUUCAUUUUUAACUUCAACUGCAGCUCCUAAUUUAGUCACAAGCACAUCGAGCAAUAAAACCUCUUCCAAGAAAUUAGAUGGAAAAGAAAUUGACAUGGCUGCUUUGCGAAGACAGCAAAUAAGAUUGGGCUUACUGAAAGCUGCCAGAGUCCUGUUCAGCCAACAGGAAAACCUUUUACAAAUAAUGACAAGCAAAUCAGACGUCAUUGAUGAUGAGUAUCAAUACAGCUUAUUCCAACAGUUACUAAGUGCAGCUACUAGGCCCUCACCUGUUAAAGCAAUGUUUGGGAAAGAGGAACUAGAGGGAGCUGCUGUGUCUAUUUGUCAGUAUUUAGCAGCUGAAGUUCACAGUCCUCAGACAAACGAGGCUACUCAAAAGAAGCAGCCACGGAAAGUGUCUACUUCUGCAAAGAAGACUCAGUCAGUUCAAAGUACUAGUGCUCCAGCAGUGGCACCUGCUGUACCUGAACCACCUCCUCCUUCUAGGAUAGUAUCACAAAUAAUGGAAAUGGGAUUUCAGAGAAGGAGAAUAGAAUAUGCCAUUCAAAUGACUGGUAUUACCAGUAAUGUUGAAAACCUCAUCGCUUGGCUACUCGAUCACACUCAUCUUGAAAUCCCUGACGUCGAACCACCAGCGAAACCCACCGUACAGCCUCCCCCUCCUCCCAUUCCUCCUCCUCCCAUUGAACCAUUGGAGUCAGUUGAGGUUAAGUCCGACAGCUCCUCAGGGGAUGAGAGUGCUGAUGAUAGCGACUCAUUUGAUUAUGACAUUGAAGACCAAAUACCUCCUUUUGGCUCAACUUUGCCUUACAAAACAAUUGAUCAGUUCAAGAAUGCUGAAGAAUACUCACGUUAUGUGUGUGACACAAUAAAUGUUGGAGUCUCUGUUCGAUGUAUUGAAAAUUGUGGAGACGUCAGAAAAGGAGACACUGGUAGAGUGACUAAGAUUGAUAGAGAAGAUGUUCAUAGUUUACAUGUCCAAGUCCUGUGGAGCAGAAAAUCAGGAACUUACUGGGUGAAGUAUUCAGCCAUUGAGUUCAUUGGAUCACCCAAUGGACAAAAACCUGCUUUUAAAGUUGGGGAUAGAGUCAGAGUAAAGAAAUCAGUGAAAUCACCAAAAUAUAAGUGGGGCUGUGUUACUCAUGGUAGUAUUGGCACUGUCCGUUCGAUAAAUAGAAAUGGGCAGGAUAUUUGUGUGGACUUUGCUGAACAAAGCAACUGGACUGGAUUAAUAUCAGAAAUGGAACUUGUUCCUGGAAUCCACCCAAGACACAAGUGUGAUGGCUGUCAAAUGAAUCCCAUUGAAGGCCCAAGGUUUCAUUGCCAAGUGUGUGCUGACUUUGAUUUCUGUAAGGAGUGCUUCAUUCACGGUCAAUCACAUGAUCAUGCUUUUGAGAGGAUCGAUGAUCAAGGACAGGCAGCAGUUUAUGUAGGAUCACCAAAGUCCUGUAGACUUGCUAUUAAACAAAGGAAAAAAAAGAUGUUGGGAGGCUCAAUUGUCAAUGAAUGGGAUCAAAUUAUUCGUCAUCUCUCAGUUUCAAGUAAUGAAGGACAAGCAAUGAGACUUUAUGAUGGAACUGAAGCUACCUACUGGCAGUCUAGUGGCCCUCAGGGAAAGCACUGGAUUCGUUUGGAAAUCCAACCAAAUAUCCUCAUUGAGCAACUCUCCAUACAACUCUCACCUCUUGAUGCCAGCUACAUGCCAUCCACCAUUGUAAUACUCACUGGACAAACUGUUGGUGGAUUAAAAGAAUUUAAGAGUGUCGCCAUUCCAUCUAAUGCCAGGGAAUAUACUCUCUUAUCCGGUCUGACUGAUUAUUAUGCUGUCAUUGAGCUAUCAAUAAGAGCCUGCAAGAGUGGUGGGAUUGAUACUAAAGUUCAUGGUGUCUCUGUUCUUGGUAGAGUUGAUAUGACAGAUAAAGAAGUCGCUGCAAACUUUUCAUUUUUGACUGUUGAUGAUGCCCUUGAUGAUGAUACUAAUAAUAUGUAUUCAAGGAGGAGACUGGAUCUAUUGUCUACUGAUACUCACGGGAACAAAGUGUUUGUUUGGGGUCUUAAUGAUAUGCGGCAGUUAGGGACUGACCUCUCUGAAGCAAAAGUAAAGAGCCCAAUUGAGAGCCGUACUUUAGCCAGACUGCACCCAAUUCAGUUUGCCGGUGGAUCAAAAUGCUCCUUUGUAGUCUCUGAUGAUGGAAAAGUAUUUGCGUGUGGUGAAGGCUCUAGUGGUAGACUGGGAAUAGGUGGAUUUGCUAAUAUUCGAAUGCCACAUCAAAUCUCAUCAUUAAGUAUGUAUGUAGUGAGGAAGGUAGCAGUUAGUUGUGCUGGAAGACAUGUUCUAGCAGUUACUGCUGAUGGGAAGGUAUUCUCAUGGGGAGAUGGACAGUAUGGUCAGCUUGGUCAUGGAUCAUUACAGAGUUACGACCGUCCUAAAAUGAUUGAAAUUUUCCAAGCAAAGCACAUACGAGAGGUAUCAUGUGGAACUGGUCACAGUGCAGCUGUGUCUGUCAAUGGAGAAUUAUUCACUUGGGGACAAGGAGCUGAUGGCAGGCUGGGACAUGGUGACUCUAACAAUCAAACUAAACCAAAACUGGUCCGUGCUCUAGAGAAGGUACGGAUAUCAUGUGUGGCUUGUGGCUCAAGAAAUGCCCACACUCUUGCUGCUGGGGAUAAUUCCCUGUGGGCCUGGGGCGAUGGGUCUUUUGGUAAACUGGGCCUCAAAGAUGGGAGCUCGUCAACUGAUGUUCCUGUUCAAGUCAUCACUUUCCCAUCUAACAUUAUUCAGAUUGAGUGUGGGAUGCACUUCUCUGUUCUCCUUACUAAAGAAGGAAAAGUUUAUACAUGGGGGAAAGGUGAAUAUUAUCGUUUGGGCAAUGAUAGCACUAGUGUACAGCCCAUACCAACACUUGUUGAUGGAUUGGCCAGUAAGACUAUCACACAAGUUGCUGUGGGGGCACUCCACUGUCUAGCAUUAACUAGUAGUGGUGAGGUUUAUUCCUGGGGUGAUAACGAACACGGGCAGCAAGGUAACAAUAGCACCAUAUGCAAUAGGAAGCCACAAAUUGUAGCUAGUCUCAAAGGACACAGAAUUUGUAAAAUAGCCUGUGGCUCUUCUCACAGCAUUGCCUUUGCUCAAGGAUCACUCACAACUGCUGUUAAGUUUUCUCCGAUAUCUUUCUCAAAUUCAAAGGAUCCUUUGGGUGCUUCUAUAGUUCAUGGGAAAAGCUCUGACGAUGCUAAAGAAACCAAAGACAAAGAGAGACCAUCACUAACUCAAAUUAUUAUAUCGCUCAAGCAGCAUUCCAAACGUCAAGAGGCUCUGGGUCAUGUAUUGACAGCAUUACAGAUUGCAUAUGCACGUGAUACUAUUGUCAAUGCUCUUAGUGGCAUAGUUCAUGCUAGUGCUCACGAGAAGAAGCAAGGAGCUGGAAUAUCUUCUGUUGAGCUCACAGCUGGUUUACCAAUCAGUAGUAUAGUUCCUAAGCAUGUUGGAGAGAAUGAGAAACAAGAAGCAUCCUUGCUUGAUGAGUAUACUACUCUAUUGACUGUGGAGGAUGCCAGGGUCCUGGUUGAUUUGUUGAAGCUUGCUGUGGCUGGCAGGGUUGGUGAAAAGGGGAAGGAAACGCUAUCAGUGAUAUUGAAUUCAAUGGGCAAAGCCAAUCAGGAUGUUUCUUCAAUGCUAAUGGAGUUGUGUAUCAGUGAAUUAGAAGACGUUGCUCGUGAGCCUCAAUUACUCAACUCUGCCCACCCAGUAGUUGAAGAGAGCCCCCAUCCCUACCCCGACAAUGCAAAGUUUGGCAGAGUUGUCAACAUUCCAGGGGCCGAAGCUCUCCUAGUCUCUUUCGAUGCUAACUGCUCGACUGAGAGACGACAUGAUGUCCUUACUAUUAAAGACGGGGGUGGGGCUGUCAUUGCUGUACGGUCCGGUCGUGAUGCAUUAGAUUGGUCUAAUGAUGUACGUAUUGUUGGUGACACACUCCAGUGGUCGUUUGAAAGUGACGGCUCUGUCAAUGGAUGGGGGUUUCGUCUAACUAUACAACCACUCCUACCCGAGACAUCAAAGGAGGUCCAGUUAUCUGAUCGUGUUUUGCAGUCGCGUCCUUCUAUUGAUCUAGUGACUUGUCUCCUUGACUUUCAACUUGAUGCUAAUCCCAGUGACGAGUCUAUUGGACGUUUGGGGGCUGCUCUUGCCUCGUGUGCUCAAUUGAAUAUAUUAGAUGCUUGCCAGAGGACAUGGGCCAUUCAGCAGUUGAGGAAGCUGAUUAAUUCUCCGAUGGGUGUAGUCCUCAAUGGUGGAGCAAUUGCUCCUGAAGAUGAGUCUAAGCAAAGUCCUGGAUCAUUGUCAUCUCUAUAUGCACUAUUCCGUGGUCUGCCUGAUGCAUUAUUGGAGCAAUACAAGUAUGAACUAUCACAUGUCACCAGUGGGAGUCAGUUACUACACAGCACUUUCUUUCAGUCACUUGCUGCCUUUGCAUGUGAUUUGGAGUUGGACACUAUAGGCUGCUGCUCUGAUACUGCUAAAUGGGCGUGGUUCACUCAAUACUGUAUGGCAGCUAGAAUGGCCAAAUCCCUUCAGAACAGAACACUUGCACCUGCUAAGUUUAUUGCUGAUGUCAAUGAACGCAUUGAGAUGGUACGUAAGUCUUCGGAAGUAUUUGAUAGAGAGCAUGAGGAUCAUGUGAUGUUUAGACAAGAGCAAGAUGAACAGCUUCUCUUAUGGAUGCAAAGGUAUCCCAAAGAUUGGACUCUACCAACAGGCAGUACAUUCUCAGUCUUUGGUUGGGGUCACAAUCAUCGUGGUCAGCUGGGAGGGAUCGAAGGAAAUAAAGUCAAAUCUCCUCGACUUUGUGAAAGUUUGUCUGAGCUUAAUCCUGCCAUGAUCACUGGAGGAGAACAAACACUCUUUGCUGUCACUGAUGAUGGGAAAGUGUAUGCAUCAGGAUAUGCAGCUCAUGGUAGACUCGGAAUUGGUAGCAGUGACAACGUAGCUACGCCCACUCCCCUCACGUCACUAGCCACCCGAGGGAUUGCUGUUAAAAAGAUUGCUAUUCAUUCAGGAGGCAAACACUGUCUUGCCGUAACAACUCAAGGAGAAUUAUACGCCUGGGGAGAAGGAGAAGAUGGAAAACUAGGAUUAGGAACAACUGUGAAUAUGAAUGUGCCACAUUUGAUUGAGUCCCUCAAAUCCAAGCAUGUCAUUGAUGCCGGUUGUGGAUCAUCACACAGUGCUUGUAUUACUGAUGAUGGGAGCUUGUACACAUGGGGCAAAGGAAGAUAUGGUAGACUUGGCCACAAUGAUCAUGAAACACAACACAAACCAAAACUGGUAUCUGCUUUAAAGGGAGAACAGGUAACAUGUGUUGCCUGUGGUAGUGGUGAUGCUCAGACAUUGUGUGCCACUGCUAGUGGUUGUGUUUUCUCCUGGGGUGAUGGUGACUACGGUAAACUGGGACGUGGUGGCAACGAAGGUAGUAAAGUCCCCAAGAAGAUAGACAGUUUGACUGGAAAACACGUCAUUAAGCUCUUAUGCGGCUCCCAGUUCUCAAUGGCAUUAACAACUGCAGGGCAUGUCUAUACAUGGGGCAAAGGUGAUUAUUAUCGAUUGGGUCAUGGUGAUGAUUCUCAUCAGCGUACCCCGAGGCGUGUGCUUGGUUUAUUAGCACACGAGAAUGUGAUUGAUAUUGGCUGUGGCUCUCUCCAUUGCAUUGUUUGUACUGAAAGUGGUAAAGUUUUCUCUUGGGGAGAUAAUGAUGAAGGACAAAUCGGCAACGAUACAACACAAGCAGUUUCAGUUCCAAAAAGAAUCAACAUCACCGAUAAUAUAUGCAUUGAUCAUGUUGCCUGUGGUUCUGCCCAUUCUAUUGCUUGGUCGUCGAAGCAGCGUAACUUGUCUUGUCCACUGCCUGCUAAAGUCCCAAUGGAAUUUAAUCAUUUGCAACAUUUUUCGUUACCCGUACUUAGGAAUAGAUUGAUACUUCUCCAACAUUUCUCUAAUAUAUUUUGUAAAUCAAUGGCACUCUUUACCUUGCAUCAGUCUACGGAUCCCUCUCAAGACUCAGUGGAGCUUAGCACUGAUGGUUUAAGAGGCAUCAUUCAUUCUUCAUCAAAGGAGUCGGCAUUCCGUCGCGUUAUUAAAGCUACCAUGACUCAAGCAAAGCAGCACGGUCCUGUCAUAGAAUUAAAUCGUCUUCAAGUUAAACGAUCACGCUCAAAAGGGACGGGAUUGGCUGGCCCUGAUGGUUCAAUGUCAGUAUUUGGUCAAAUGUGUUCAAAAUGGAGUAUACUAGUAUCAGACGACUUACUCCUGCCGCAUAGAGUGUGGAAGGUUAAGUUUAUUGGUGAAAGUGUUGAUGAUUGCGGUGGAGGCUAUUCCGAAUCUAUUGCAGAAAUGUGCGACGAAUUACAAAAUGGGUCGGUACCGCUUUUAAUACAAACCCCCAAUGGUAGAGAAGACACAGGCGUCAAUAGAGAUUGCUUUAUAUUCAAUCCGGAAGCCACGUCUUCCAUUCAUCUCAACAUGUUCCGGUUUUUUGGUGUAUUGCUUGGUAUUGCCAUUCGUUCUGGUGCCCCCAUCAAUUUACUAUUAGCUCCUCCAGUUUGGAAACAAAUCAGUGGCCAGUCACUCACACCUGAAGAUUUAUCUGAAAUGGAUACAGACUAUGUUCAAGGGCUAAUGUUUAUUAGAGAAAACCCUGAAGCCUUUAUAGGAAUCGACUUUUCCACACCGAGUGCUAGUGGAAAAGACAUACCUCUUCAUUCAUCAAAGACUCAUGUGACUAUGAACAAUUAUCAAGAAUAUUUCCGUCUGGCAAUGCACUUUCGUUUGCACGAGUUCGAUCAACAGGUCAAGGCUGUCAGAGAGGGUAUGUCAAAUUUAGUUCCGGUUCCGCUCCUCCAUGUUUUUACUGGGCCUGAAAUUGAGACAAUGGUUUGUGGCAGUCAUGACAUUCCUAUUGACCUCUUAAAGUCAGUGACUACUUAUAAAGGGAUUGAGCCACAUGCCCCACUUGUUCGCUGGUUCUGGGAAGUGAUGGAGUCUUUUAAUAGAAAUGAGCGCUCUUUGUUUUUAAGAUUUGUUUGGGGCAGAACUCGACUACCUCGGACAACAGCAGAUUUUAGAGGAAGAGAUUUUGUACUUCAAAUAUUAGACAAGUAUUUUCCUCCUGAUCAUUAUCUUCCCGAAUCAUACACAUGCUUCUUCCUUCUAAAGUUACCUCGCUAUUCAUGUAAACCAGUUCUAGAGGAAAAGCUAAGAUAUGCUGUUUAUUUCUGCAAAUCGAUCGAUACUGAUGAUUACGCUCGAGUUAAUCUUCAAGAUGGAACGUUGCUAGAUGACGAUGAAGAUGUGUAAUUUAAAAUACUUUUGUUAUUGUGUCAACUAAACUCUAAUAUUAUAAUUGUAAUUUUUUUCUAAAUAAUAUUUUCACUUAUAAUAA